AUGAUGCAAGCAAUUCAUCCCUUUAAGCCACAUUCACGUUGCUUCCUUUCCAGAUCACUCACAUACUCCUCUUUAUCUUGUAUAAUUCACGCCAAACAACGUACACUAUCCACAUCAACAGCCCUCUUUGUGCAUUCUAUACCACGAAAUUUGCGCGAUGAAGAGAUAAACGCUCGUCAAAUACGUUUCGUGAAUGCUGAGGGUCGCAUGGAAGGAGUGCGAGGUUUAAGCGAGGUUCUAAAGUCUAUGGAUCGUGAUAAAUACUGGUUAGUAGAGGUAUCACGGGAUCCAGACAAUCCAACUAUUCCUAUCUGUAAGCUGGUGGACAAGAAAUUAGAGUACGAGAAGAUAAAAGCCCAGAAGCUAAAAAAUAAACCGAGAAGUGCGGCAAACGUCCAUAAAGAACUGGUAAUGACUUGGAACGUAUCUGAUCAUGAUUUCAAACGUAAACUUGAACAAGCGCAGGAGUUUCUUGAUAAGGGAAAUCGUGUGAAGCUGUCCAUCAGGCCUAAAGGAAGAUUUAGGUCGGAGGUGGAUACGGAGAAGAAGAUGAAAAAAUUGGUGAUGGAUGCUUUGUUCGAUUGCUGUAAAGAAUAUAAAGAUCCGGUCAUGCAUCAAGGAACUUUGACAUUCGAGAUGUUAGGAAAAGGACUGAUUAUACACAAGAAACAUGAGAACGAGAAGAGUGACGAGACAGAGGAAUCAACCGGUUAA